AUGCUACCACGCCGUCCAUGGUCCUCGUCGGAGCCGACCGCGCGCAUCGAAGCUCGGUACACGAAUGCCGAGAUCGAGCGCCUUGGCGCGGCCAGUGCCAGCGCUGCCAUCCAAGUGUCCAUCAACCACACGGCUAUCCACUUCGUGGAUGCACCGGCGUUCUUCUACACGGUGUACAUCAUGCAAAUAUGGUCGCCAGCGUCCAACGUGCUCUGGGUCGUGCGCCACCGCUACUCGACGCUCGCAAAGGUUCGCCAGCGUCUCCUCAAGGUCGUCAACGUCGUCAGCCGCAAGCAGCGUCGCGACCGCGCGACGAUUGCGGCGCUUCUCGCGCCACUCCAGCCCUUCCCAAAGAAGCACAUCUUUAUGGACACACCCAACGUCGUCGACGACCGCAAGCGCGGCCUCGCUGACUUUGUGCGCGCCAUGUUCCGCGUGCGUGAGCUCUGCGUUCUGCUGACGCUUGCCAACAGCACGCCGAUACCUCUCGCGCAGAUCGCCAAAAACGUUUUCGAUACGAUCGAAGAGAUGCUGGAGAUCCCACGACUGCAGAAGGAGCAAGACUGGAAGUGGCGCCAACGCAUCUUGUCGAUUGCGUCGGUACCCCACGGAAGCAAUGCCUUGGAUGCCAUGGACGACGAGGCACGCCACGACGGCUGCUCCAUCUGUCUCGAAGAUCUACACGGCGGCGAUACCUGCGUCUCGAGCGUCCAGCUCGCAUGUGCCCACGCCUUCCACCAGACCUGCGUCGCUGAGUGGCUCGUGCGCCAGUCCACUUGCCCACUCUGUCGUGCGCCCAUGUAA